AUGAUGCAGGAAUACUUAUCAGAGAUCACCGCGUACUGCAAAGGUGAUGUGUGGAGGCCUCAGCUAGAUAUCGAGAAGGAGCUGUAUGAUAAUACCAAGGACUGGGGCAACAAGGGUUAUCUGCCUGAGGGAUAUGUCAAUUUGGCAUCAACCCUCCAACAUGAGGCCAAACCAGUCACAAGCAUGGGCUAUUACAUCACAUCCGCGAUAAAGGCAACGACUGGUGCGAGUAUUCGAUUGGAGAAUUGUCGAGAAAAUUUAGAAGUGAAAGAGCGGAUCCAUCGUUUGAUUAACGAAAUACAUGCCGAUAUUUGCAAAUUUAUGCCGGUAUGGGAGGAAAAUAUGUUAAUCCGAGAACUUGUUUUGCCAUGCCCCGCGGAAAAUGACUAUAUCACGGACUUAGAGAACUUCAUACAUAGAGAAAAUAAUUAUUUGGCUAGAGAGCUAAAUAGGAAGUUCCCGACUGGUUCACCAGAAUUUCUAGAUGCUUUAACGCUCCUGAAAGAAGAUGCCCAGCGCGAAAAACGACUACAGACUUACCGUCGUGAAGAUGCAGAGUCAGACGCAUGCAUCACAGAGCUAGAUAAGAUCGAGGCUCAAAAUUGGCCAACAUCUAACUUCUGA